AUGGAGUUUGCAACUUUGGCUGAAUUUAAAAAAGCUGUGAAAGACUAUACCAUCCAUAUUGGAAGACAAAUCAAAUGGAUAAAGAAUGACAAGGUAAGAGCAAGAGCAAAAUGUGUGUUUGAGCAUUGCAAAUGGGAGAUACUUUGUUCGCGUAGUAGUAUAACAAAUAGCUUUCAAAUCAAGACUUUUGAAAAUACAACUCACUCAUGCCCAGGAACAUUCACGAAUAGUCAGGCUGAUAGAAAGUGGGUUAUUGAGAAGUUGGAAUUGAGAUUGAGACAACAGCCGUCUCUUAGCCAUAGUGAGGCUUAUUACUUGAUGAAAGAGGAUUAUAAUCUACAUUUGGAGGAUAGUAUGAUUUAUAGAUCACUUAAACAAGCAAAACAAAAUGUCGAGGGAUCUGAAAUUGAUCAGUAUGCUAAGCUAUGGGACUAUUGCCAUGAGUUAUUAUCCCAGAAUCCAGGUUCAACGGUGAAAAUGAGCACUAUACCACAACAAGAAGGGCCGCCAAUAUUUCACCGAUUGUAUAUAUGUUUUGAUGCUAGUAAAAGAGGGUUCAAGGAAGGUUGCAGACCUAUAAUUGGAUUGGAUGGUUGUUUUUUAAAGGGUUAUUUUGGAGGACAAUUGUUGACUGCUGUCGGCGGAGAUGCAAACAACCACAUUUUUGUCAUUGCAUAUGUUGUAGUUGAUGUCGAAAUUAAAGACUAUUUGUUUAGAGACUAUUUGUUUUAA